AUGAAUCCUGGAGCAGGAGUACCACCGUUUGAUCCGGACGACACGACCAACGUUAGUUCGAGGUGGAAAAAGUGGAAGCGAGCAUUUGAAAUAUUUUUAGACGUGAAUAAUGUGGCGCUUGCCUCAAGAAAAAAGGCAUAUCUCCUGCAUUAUGCUGGUGAAGGUGUGCAGGACAUUUACGACAGUUUGGUGGGAAACGAAGAGCAGGAAGUACCGGUUGGAUCAGACGCGUACAAGGAGGCUGUUAAUGUGUUGGAUAAGCACUUUUUGCCCAUGAAGUGCUUGCCUCAGGAACGUCACAUAUUCCGGAAUUUGCAGCAAGAAUCUGAUGAAAAGAUUUCGAAAUCCGUACUGCGUUUAAGGGAGCAAGGUAGCGAAUGUGGAGAUUGGCUCGAUGAGAAUAUAAAAGAACAAAUUUUUGAAAAAGGAUCAUCGAAUGAACUUCGUGCAAAAAUAUUAACGAAACCAGGAAUGACGUUGGAGGAGAUCAUCAAAGAAGGGCGUUCUCUAGAGACGAUUGAGAAAGUUAGACGACAGUUGCAGCAAUCAGCAGAUAUUAACAAACUUACAACUUACAAAAACGAGUGUUUCCGUUGUGGACGAAUAGGACAUUUUGCCAACGAUGAUUGUUGUCCUGCAAAAGAUAAAAAGUGUGAGAAGUGUGGUCUGAUUGGGCAUUUCCGGCGAUGCUGUAAGACGAAGAAACGUGAGGCAGUAAAUGAUCGUAACAAGAGAAAACAUCGGCGUGUUCGUCAGGUUGGAGAAGAAGCUUCAGGUGGAAGUGAGAGCAUUUGUGAUUCGGAUGAUAGUGGCAGUGGAAUUGUAGACCCGCAAGAUGAUGUUAAAUAA